GCAACAUUAUGAUUCAGAUGAAGUUCCUGAACAUGAUGACUACAAUUACGAUGAUGAUUCUGUUGCUGAUCCUAAUAAUUCUAACCAAGAGCCAAUUAUCAAUAAUAUUGAUGACGAUAAAAGUGAUGAUAAUAUGCGAAGUGACGAAAGUAGUGAAAGUGAUAAAAGCGACCAAGAAAAUGAAAUUAAUGAAAUGGAUAAUAGUUCUAACGAACCUGAAGAAGAAAGUACAAAAGAUGAAAUUAAUACCACACAUCCACCUCGUUUCAAAGAAAAACUACCAAAGUGUGAAAGCUGUACUAGUUCAGAUAGUCCAACCAAACGCAAAGGACAGAGAUCAUUUGUCAAAGGCAAAAAGCCUAAAAACCUUCACAAAUUCUCUAGAGGAUAA